AUGGAUCUUCGAAUCGCCUUCGCUGACUCGCGCCCAUCUGGUGCACCGCAGGAGACCGCCGGCAUACGGUAAUGUCGUAAGCCAUUGGCAAAUCCGAGUCGUUCUUCCACUGCCAAACAAAUUCGUGGCCCACAGUGGAGUUCGGCCGGGUCGGCACAUCAAAUAGCCCUAUUCAGGGACAGGGCACUGCUACUCUUCGGAGGGGGUCUGGAAAAGCUGGCCUAAAAUUGCUGGGGAACCAGGUCGUCUGCAGGCGCACCGUGGUCGUAGACGCAAAACUCACGGUCGAAACAAUCAAAAUCGAAACAACAACAACCAUACUCAUUCUCCUCAUCCUACCUCUUCUUCCUCUUUCUCUGCGUAUUCUUCUGCCUAUUCUUCUUCUUCGUCACCUUUUUCUCCACCUCCUUCCCGUCGCCCCACUCGUUGUCACCAGACUGGCAGGGUGAGUCCGCUCACUCUGGCAACCUGGAAUGUCCGUUCCCUUUUAGACAAUCCAAGGAGCAACCGACCGGAACGGAGGACGGCGCUAGUAGCCCGGGAGCUGGCGCGCUACAACGUGGACAUCGCUGCACUCAGCGAGACCCGAUUCUCCGAGCAAGGCCAACUGGAGGAGGAAGGUGCCGGCUACACCUUCUUCUGAAGUGGUCGGCCCAGGGCAGAGCGACGAGACGCGGGUGUCGCCUUCGCCAUCCGGAACGACAUCGCGGGACGCCUGCCCUGUUUGACGCAGGGCAUCAAAGAUCGCCUGAUGAGCCUCCGUCAGCCUCUCCGCGCUGUGGGCGAAUUCGCCACCAUCAUCAACGCCUACGCUCCGCCGAUGAUCAGCCACGUUGCCGCAAGAGACAAAUUCUACGGGGACCUACACGCACUCCUGGCGACUGUGCCGAAAGCGGACAAAAUGGUUGCCCGCGGUGACUUCAACGCCCGCGUCGGCACAGACCAAACUGCCUGGAGAGGAGUGCUGGGUCCCCACGGUCUCCGCGGCUCCAAGGACAACGGCCUGCUCCUCCUCCGCACCUGCGCAGAACACCGCCUCAUCCUGACGAACACCUUCGUCUGUCUGCCGGUCAGUCAAGCCAGUCAAGCAUUCGGCCGCCUCCAAAGCACAGUCUGAAAUCGCCACGGAGCACGAAGCUGAAGAUGUACAAGGCCGUCAUCCUGUCGGCGCUGCUGUACGGAGAGGAGUCAUGGACAGUGUACCCAAAGCAGGCAGCCGAAUGAACAACUUCUACCUCAGUUGUCUUCGCCGCAUCCUGAGGUCGAGUCGGCAGGAUCGCAUCCCCGACACUGAUGUACUGGAACGGACGGGAAUCCCCAACAUCUACACCAUGCUGAGACAAAUGCAGCUGCGCUGGAGCGGCCACCUGGUGCGCAUGGGCGACGAGCAACCACGCAAACGACUCUUCUACGGAGAAGUCGCCACGGGUUCUCGCCGUCAAGGAGGCAAAAUUCGUCGAAACAGGGAUACUCUGAAGUCCUCCCUGAAGUGCCUACAAGGUAACCCGACAACCUGGGAAGACGCCGCCUGCGAUCGACCGACAUGGAGGAGGACAGUGAAAACAGGCGCUGCGAUCUACGAAGUUAACCGCAUCGCAGCCGCCAAAGUGAAACGCGAAGCCCGCAAAUCACAGCUGCGCCCAGUACGCAACUCCGACGCACAACCGCAUCCAACGUCUCCUCGAUGUCAACGGACAUUCUGGGCUCGAAUCGGACUUGUUGGCCUUUUUCGGAUCAACUGCGCCUCUCGAACUGCACCCAAUAUCGUCCCCUCGCCCGCCUCUUUCUUGUCCUCUCCGCCUCCAAAUAACUCUGACAAUUCUUCUGUACCACCACUUCCAAACUCCUCCUUCUCCUCCUCCUCCUCAUCCUCCUCCUCUACCUCCUCCUCCUCCUCCGCCUCGUCCUCCUCGUCCAGCCAUAACACGGCUGGUUCAAAACAGUGA